AUGAGACCUGAUGGAUAUUCACGGGUUGCAACCAAUGCUGGCAAUCCAAAGCCGGAGCUUGACAAAAGUGUCCAGGUAACUCUGCGGACGCAAUUCCUUCGGCAUUCUCUGCUUUCCUGGGUGGUGUUGCCGCUGGCUGUCUAUGGCUGGGAAUCAUUAGCGCCAAGGCAAUUCAAGGCUUCCUGUUCGCAGGGCUACUCCUUGUUCAGCUUGCUUCCACUGUUUCUGGUGGAGCUUCACUACUUGUAUGCCGAGUCCUGUGCAUGGUCGGCAAUGAAGUCCUUAGUGUCUGAGCCCGAGCUUGUGAUCCUGAAGCACUUCGGAGUGUUGCAGCACAGGAAGUGGCUCUUGCUGCUGGGACUUUGUGAAGGCUUUAUACUUUUCACUGAUGCAACCUUUCCCUUCGUUGCACGUGCAUGUGACGAGAUCCUCACGGAGGAUUGGGGCACGGCAUGGCGCGAUGUCCCCCUCGUGGGACAAUUCAUCGCCAGCCUCGUAAGAGCUGUAAGGUUCUGGGGCUUUGCACUUCUUGCUACCGCAACAGUCAUCCUCGUGAAUGGCGUCGCCGGCCUGUUGCUUUGCAUUCCCUUCAGCCACGAUGGGCAGGCCACUGGUACUGAUUUCGUGGCCUGGGCGCGAGCGGCAGAGACAGCGCUGAUGCCAAGCGUGGCAAUGCUAGCCGAGGAAAUGGCGAACCAGAAGCGCCAUUUCACGGAUCACAGCCAAGCAGAUGCUCGAGAAGGUGCUGCUCCUUUUGGCAAUAAACUGGAUCCCGACACGGCAGUCAUGUAUGAAGACUUCAAUCGAAACCUGGCAGCUCAUGUCCACUUCUCGGAGAGUGCUCACUUCAUGCUGCUGAUGCUGGGCAAGCUUUUGUUGGGUCGAUGUUUGCAGCUCUGGAUUCAGAGCUCCUUUCUGGCCCUGGCGUUCCAUCGAGAAGCUGCUGGUGCCAAGGACAAAGUGAUCCUCGGAUGUUGCCUCGGGGCCACGCUGCUUUUACACCGUGCGAUGCACAGCAUGAAAAUGCUCGGCUGCAUGGGGCUCCCGCUGCUGCUCCUAAUCAUCGCUUGUGUGGCUUGGUCCGGCGCAAAAAUCGCGUGGGCCUUUUUCUGCCCCGAUCACAUUUGGAACUUGACCACAGGGUGUGUGCGGCUUUCCCAGCACUAA